UACGCUAAUCCCAAAUCCGCAAUCUCGUGGAACUAGAAAGUCAUGCCCCUAUCUCCUGUCAAGGAUGACCCUCAUGUCCAGGGCGACAAAUGCCCGAUCGACACCCUGAAUUCUGAAAACCCUGAUUCCCCUGUCGAGGUUGGCCUGAAGCGCCCCCGUUCGUCUCGACAUGAUGUCUCUGUCAUGGCUGGCCUGAAGGAGCUCCAAUUGUCUUCUUGCGACCAGAACGUGGAACUAAACCUUUUCACGGGAGAACCUGAUGUCCCCGCGAUGUCUUCUAUGGGCCCUGAUCUCGCAGCCGGCCCGGAGCCGGAGCCCUCUGAAGACCCUGAUGGCGGGGGCGGCCCCACGCUGAAGGAGCUCCUCGCAAGGCGCCGCAAGAAGACCCCUCAGGAGAAAGAGGCAAAGCGCGAGUACCUUGCGCUUCUUGCUAAGUGGAAGGGUACGUGUUUUAGCCUUGGUCAGGUCUCUAGUUUUUCCGUAGUUUGUCUUCAACUUGUGUUCAUUUUAUUUUGUGCAUGACUUUGAGUUUUCUACUUGUUGCGGUUCUGUGGGUGAGGUUUGAUCGAGGACAUAUUCUGUUUGCAGUGUUUGAAUGGAGAAUUAAAGUAAUCUGUGAUUGGAAAUUUGGAAAUUUAGCUGUCAAUAUUUGGUCUAAUCGGCUUAGAGUUUUCACCAGUCAGUUACAGUUGUUUUUUUUGUUUACA